UGGGUCGUUGGCCUGGGGCGGUGGUCCAGCAUCACAGGAGCUAAUAGCCGCUGCCCUGCCCGCCGUAGUGGUUGCCGUGCCGGGUCCCUCAGGUCAGGUAGAGCCACACCCACCACGGCCGGCGCGCGCGCGACGCGAGCCCACCAACCAACCUCCGGGCCUGAACCUCCUCCGCGCGCUACAUCGCCAUCGCCUCCACCAACCACGCCUUUAAUACCCUUGCGCCGCACAGCUCCCCCGCCCGCGCUGCGCUGUCGCUGCUGUGGCUUCCGGUCGAUCCCCGGCCCGCCGUGCCAAGCCAUCUCCACCUCCACCACCGGCGGGCAGGCGCCAUGAAGCAGCCGAGGUCGCGGCAGGAGCCGCGCCGGAUGGGCAACUCGGCCAUGGUGGUCACCAUGCUGCUCUCCCUCUGCGUCCUCACCUUCAUCAAGGCCCGCUACUGCUCCACCCCGUACCCCAACAAGCCGGCGCCGCUGCUGGACCUGGAGGUGGAGAUCGACGAGGACUACGACAGCAGCCGGUACAAGAUCUCCGGCCCCAUCGGGGAGGAGGAGUUCGACCCCAGCCGCCCCACCUGCUACAACACCAGCAAGCGCUCGGAGCGGUGCGCGGCCGUGGGCGACGUCCGGGUCGACGGCAACCACUCCAAAAUCUACAUCAGCCCGCUGGGCAAGGAGUGGCGCACCAAGCCGUACGCGCGCCGCCACGACGCCGUCGCCAUGGACGACGUCCGCGAGUUCGCGCUGCUCCCCUUCGGCGGCGCCAACGACAGCGCCGUGCCGCCGCUCUGCACCAGGAACCACUCCGUCCCGGCCUUCCUCUUCUCCAGCGGCGGGUUCGCGGGCAACCUGUACCACGACUACACCGACGUGCUGGUGCCGCUCUUCACCAGCACCCACCACUUCGGCGGCGAGGUGCAGUUCCUGCUCACGGACAUCAAGGACUGGUGGCUGGACAAGUUCACGCCGCUCUUCCGCCAGCUCUCCAACUACGACGUCAUCGACGUGGACAACGACCAGGAGGUGCACUGCUUCUCGCGCAUCGUCAUCGGCUCCACCUUCCACCGGCCCAUGGGCAUCGACGGCACGCGCUCCCCGGGCGGCGAGACCGUGGCCGACUUCAAGCGCCUGCUCCGGCGCGCCUUCCGGCUCGACCGCGUGGUGGCGUCCCACGACGGGGCCGCCAGCCUCGGCAAGCCGCGGCUCCUCAUCAUCUCCCGCAAGUCCUCCCGGCGGUUCCUGAACGAGCGCGCCAUGGCGCACGCGGCGGCGGCGGCGCAGUUCGACGUGCGCAUCGCGGAGCCGGACAACCACACGGACAUGCCCAACUUCGCGCGGCUGGUGAACUCGGCGGACGUGAUGAUGGGGGUGCACGGCGCCGGGCUGACCAACAUGGUGUUCCUCCCGAGCCGCGCCGUGCUGCUGCAGGUGGUGCCGUUCGGCGGGCUGGAGUGGCUGUCCCGGGUGACCUUCAAGGACCCGGCCAAGGACUUCGACGUGACCUACAUGGAGUACAACGUGUCGCUGGAGGAGAGCUCGCUCAAGGACCUCUACCCCAAGGACCAUUUCUACCUGCAGCACCCCUACGACGUGCACAAGAAGGGCUGGAACGCCAUCAAGACCACCUACCUCGACAAGCAGAGCGUCCGGCUCGACCUCGCCAAGCUCACGCGCACGCUCCAGCACGCGCGCAGCCUCCUGCCCUCCCCCUCCUCGCACUGACACUGAGCCCCUGCUUCAAGUUCGUUUUCUCCAUGCUAGAUUAGGCCUUCUUCUUCCUCCUCAUCCUCUCUCUCCCUCCCAUGUUUGGUUCACUUCUUGAUUUGUUGUUGUGGUGGUGCCAAAGAUUCAUUUCUUUCUUUCUUUUUUCUGGGUAAAGGAGGAGACGAACAAGUUCGUGUCACGCAUAGGCAGCAAAGUGUCCAAAGGUUAAUUUACACUCUGUAAAUUCGAUUGAUUGUCCCGACAACGCACACAGAGAAAAAUGUAAUUAUUUGCCCACA